AUGGAGGAGGAACUCGACAGAAUAUCCGCAUUGCCGGAACCUAUUCUGCAGCACAUUCUCUCGUUCAUUCCUUUUAAGCAAAUAGCUCAAUCUAGUAUAGUGUCCAAGACAUGGAAUAUGGCCUGGACUUCAUUCCCAUUUCUGAAAUUUGACAGAGAAUUGUUUCAUGAUACAGAACCCAAGCAACAGAGAAUCGAGGAAUUAUAUAAUUCUGUUGAGAGAACUGUACUCAACCGCCAUAGACAGGAGCUAUAUAUACAAAAGUUUGAACUUUACAUAUCCUUACAAACCUUACAUCAACAAGGACUCUUGGCUCUUGUGAACAGUUGCAUUGGUCAUGUACUUGAGCUUAAUGUCAAAGAGUUGAACCUUCACACUGAAUCAGGGUAUUCUCCUCACUAUAACUUGCACCAGAGUGUUCUAGUUUCAAAAUCCAUAACCAAAUUGUGUUUAUAUGGCUGCAACUUGAAGUUAAUUAAUUCUGGAGAUAUCAACUUACCCAAUUUGAAAAAGUUGGUAUUUGACACAAUUCCUGUAAGGGAUAAAAUAAUCCAAAAUCUAGUUGAUGGUUGUCCUGUGGUGGAAGACAUGAGAUUUUCAGCUUGUAAUGGUUUAGAAAGCAUCAAACUCUCUGGGAUUCCUAAACUCAGGGCCCUUGAGCUAGGAUUCAAUCGUAAUCUUAAGACUGUUGUUCUUCAAGCAUCAAGACUUCAAUCUUUGAUAAUCAAGAGCAGUCUUAGCUUUCCUGAGCCAUGGCAGAUCUUCAACAUAGUGACUUGCAAAAAUCUAAAGAAGUUACUGCUAUUUUCAACAAAUGCUGUAACAGAUAGGUGGUUGCAUAAACUUCUUUCUGAACUUCUACUGGUUGAAGAACUAUGCUUACUUCGUUGCUUCAUGUUGGAAAGGAUUAAGAUUUCAGGUCAUUGUAUGAAGAGCUUGUCUUUUCACCGCUGCCAGAAUCUUGUUGAAGUUGACAUUGACACUCCUAAUUUAGAAAAUCUUUCCUAUAAUGGCCAGAUUAUAUCAUUUUCUUUGAAGGCUUUGAAAGUAUUGAAAGUUUGCCUCACUUUUGUUGGUUCAAUCCCCGAGACAGCCUCGCAUGAUAAAAUGAUCGAGUUCCUCAGAAAAUUAAGCGAUCCAAAAUCAUUGACAUUGGAUAUUAGCACUGCCAAGGAUUCAAUUAUUCCAAAAGAACUGAGGCAAACCCUACCUUCCCCAUCAUAUAAUGUCAAGCAAUUGAAGCUACAACUAGACGAGCCACCUAUUAUGUCAAGAAUGAACAAACUUGUGGAUGUAUUGCUUUGGAUUUCUCCUCUUCUUGAUAGUUUAAUAAUAGAGUGGGGGGAGGCAACAAGCUACAUAGACAACAUAUCUUUCAAGUUCUCCUAUAAAAAGCCUAUUUAUAAGGUGGAGAAUACCAACUGUUGCAAACUUCUACCAUUUCCAUGUUGGCGGCAUUGCCUGAAGACUGUCCAGAUUGAAAGCUUAAGAGGAUCUGCAGAUAAAAAGAGUCUAAAGAAAUAUUUCUAUGAGAAUGCAGAAAUCUUGAAGAGAUUUCAAUAUGUUGGUCGACCUUCAUUACCUAAAGGCUAG